AUGUCCAGCUACAAAUUUCAGAAUUCUUUCUGCCAAAAGCCGCCGGGACAGGUGAAUGGGAACUCUCUAGAUCCGCACAAGUCCUGUUAUAUUUGCUUUGACACUUACAACCCUAUUACCGGUACUCAUAUUUCCGAAGAGCCGGUUCAGCUCGCGUGCGGACAUGUCUUUGGAGCCGCUUGCAUAGAGAAGUGGAUCUCGAUUAAGAACACAUGCCCGCUCUGCAGGACCGAGAUCUACUGUGCCAACAAUACAAUGGCAGACCCUCAAUCACGAUUUGAAGAUAUAUGGCUUGACCCAGACAUUUACACGGUGUAUCAUCCCAACCCUGACGAAGAAAUGCAUUGCCCCGCCAGCAAAGCAAAACGUCGCUCAACUCGUCGCAAGGUUUCGUCAUCUGAUCACACGGAGAUUGAGGAUGUCUGGGUCUCAAUAGCCUUCGAUGAUGAUACUGACGAUGAUGUUGAUUAUCAUGGUUCCCCUGAAUUCACGGCUCUGGUUCUUUUCGGACACGAGUUUACGUUGACGCCGUUCGAUAAACAACCCAAGUUCGCUGAUUUAGAUUCACUGUUUGACGACCUUCUUGCUGGUCACGAACAGUGGAUGGCUGAGUCCAUUGGCGACGCCGAAGUUGAAGUUGAAGAAGAAUUACCAUGCAACAAGAUCUGUCUCGACGCAACGGGAAUGCGCGCCGUGCAAGACGUAUAUGUGCACCGCAAAGCGCCCAGGGGCCUAGGAAUUCCAUCGGGCGGCAAUGCCCCGGCUGAAGACGAAGUAGUGCUCGAUGCUGAUACGAAGGAACUAUCCGAAGCAAAGGACGAAGUUGUCGUUGGCAUGGUUGCUCUCCGUGGAUGUAUCAGCGGUUUGGGAACUGCGGAGAGCUUGUCGAGAGCGCUUGAGGCGGAUUGUAUACGCGCGGCUUUUGCCCGUUUAUGA